UCUCGGGGGCCGCCGUGUGUACACGUUCUCUCUUUCUCCCGCGCGAAGACGACGAGAGGGCCCCUACCUGGCCGCGGUUCGAUCCUCCCAGAAAGCAUCUUCUUCUUCGUGCGCGCGUCUCCUCUUCUUCUCGGGCCCGAAGAUACUCCACCGCGGUUGCAGUCGCGUCCACGAGUCCGAUCGCGCAGGUAACGCGGGAGUGUUAAUCGAAUCCGAAGUGAAGAGAACAUCCGCAAACAUGGAGUUCACCUGGAGGCGGCAGCUCGUCCUAAUCUCGGUGGGAAUACUAUGGAGUUGCGUACUAGGUCUCCAACGACCACCGCCGAGAUAUUCCCAACAGUACAUGCCGGAAACUUCCUUCUCUUGUCGCAACAAAAUAGUCGGUAGCUAUUACGCGGACCCUGAGACCGAUUGCCAAGUCUUCCAUGUCUGUGUCUCUGUGGCUGGCACCAUUCAGGACUAUAAAUUCCUGUGUCCCAAUGACACUGCCUUCGAUCAGGAGAGUCAAACCUGCGCGGAUUGGUACGACGUAGAUUGCGAGGCCGCAACUCUCUAUUACUCCAGCGACAACUUCGACCUAUACAGAAUCGGUUCCGGUCUCGAGUCUGUGCACUACGAUAGUCUGCGCAGCGACGCCGAGCCCCAGGAUCAUCUUCAACGCAGCGAAACCAGUGACGCAGUUCGAUCCUCAGCUAACGCGGUGAACCGAGUGUCCUCGUCCAAUUACAACAACAACAACAACAACAACAACCGCGACAUACUGCGAGGUAGCAGCAGCGGCAAUUUGUACAAUAGAAACAACAAGGAGGACGAAUACGAGACCGAGAAGUCGUACAAGGAAGAGGUGAAUCAAGAUACGAAGAAGAAGGUUGGCGGUGUCAGGAAGGUCAGCAGGAAGCAACCGUACAACGGUAGCGGUUACUCGUCGACGACCACCACCACGUCAACGCCAGCUCCUACUCAGCACAGCUACAAUGGCAAUUAUUACAGCGGAAAUUAUUACAACAACAACGCGUACAAUCAACGAUCAUCGACGUACGUCGCCUCGUCGACGACCGUUCGACCGUUACAGGAGAAUUACAACCGAAAUCAGAACACCCAGAGACACAAUGUACCGUCAUCCACGACGUAUCGACCUAGCACGACGUAUCAGGAUACGUACAAUAACCACCAGUCAUCACCGAGCACAACUGUCAGAACGACGCCCCCGCAUAAUGUCUACAGCACGAAUGUUUUCAACGUUUUCAACCCUAAUUACAAUCAACAGACUGCUGUCAGCAGUUCCUUCCCAGUCACAACUCUGAGACCCAGCACCUAUAGCCCGAAGGCUAACUAUCAAUCUAACUAUCAAUUCCCGCAGUCCACCACCACCGUUCAGCCGAGCACCAACUACCAACAGACUAGUGAUUUCAACAAUUAUCAGCAGAGAAGCUACAACAACAUCCAACGAGGAACCAGCAACGUUGCCUACCCAUCCACUACAUCCGCGUCUACCGUUUAUAAUAAUCAUUACAACAACAACAACAAUAACAAUGGCCAGUAUAGAUCAGUUACAUCUACUAAACAGGAUGUUCCUCAGACCACCGCGAAAUAUUUUGCCAAUAAUUUUGCGAACAGUUACGCGCCCACCACUUAUAGCCCGGCGACGAAGAAGUACGUAAACGGGGACAAUACGGUCGCGCAGACGACUGCCUUCCGGAACAAUGACAACAAUCAAUACUACGACAAAUCUACCAUCAAGCCUUCCACGCAAUACUACGAGAACACGAAGACGCCGAAGAAGGCGACUCAGUAUAAUAAUUACGACGGAGCGAGUGGCGGCAAGUCGUAUUACAUCGAGACCAGCACGGGUAGCUUCGACCUCGGGAGAUCUUCUAUCGGAAUCGGCUUCAGUCCCGCGAGUAUCAAUCAUCUUGCCGAAUCGCCGAGAACCACCACGCCGGUACCGAGGCGACCUUCUAGCGCUACCACUUACAAUCCGAACAACUUUAGCUCUAGCUCUCAAAGAGCCCAUCAACCGACGACGACGACGCCGCGUGGCAUUACCUACGUUAGCGGAUCCGCGAGACCGUUUACGUCAACGACCAGAUUACCCAGCAGCAGUAGCACGACAGCGCGACCGAAAUCGAGCAAGAAGAACGAUUACGAUUACGCGUAUUACGACAAUACGGGCGGUGUGGAAUACGAUGGAGUCGAUCUUGAACAUGUCACCAGCAACAAGGAGUCCACAAAGAUCACGAGGAAUAAUUAAAACAACCUCGUAUAUAUAACGCGUCGAAUUUUUUAGAGACGAGACUAACGAUGUAAAGAGACUAGUGAUAUACUGAGAUUGCAAAAAAUGUAUCUUAUUUUGUUGUAGCUGGGUAUACUUUUUUCAGUAUACCCAUAGCUGCAUAUUUCUCUCGCGGUAAAAAUAUCUAUAUUGUAAAAAAAUAUGUAAUAUAUUACUUAAAAAUA